AUGUCUUCUCAGGACAGAUCAUUUUUGACGCUCAGCCAUCUUUCAUCUCGCAUGCUUCAGUUCCACUCACAAAUUCAAGAGCUUUCAAAAUUAAACAAGCAGCUCAGUGAGUUUAAUCGCGUUUUUGCAUCGUUCCUUCUUUCAUUGCAGCUAACUUCUACCGGAGUCAAAAUCGAAUAUGCGCAGCCCAAACUACAAGCUCCCAAAAGCACUGCAUCCAUCGAAGAUAGAAAUGAAGUUUCUCUGAAACCCCCACCAGUUCUUUGCGAUGCAACAUUUACAGAAAACGAAGCCACUGCCCAGCCUCCUAUUGUGGCAACUGAAAAGGCAGCAGGAAAGUCGAAAAAACUAAAUGUUACUUUUUCUUCCAAAAUCCAGACCUCAACACCGUAUUCAUCGUCCAAUUGUGCUGCAACUUCGGCCUCUUUCCCGGCGCAGCAAUUGAGAAAAGACCAAGCCGCCUCUGCCGCCAUCAAAAAAGUAUGUCUCUCUCUUCCGCUUCAUAUGCGUACCCCUGGGUUCUUAGCCGAAGCAGAAUCGAUAAUCCGAUUUUUGAUCAAAUCACCGACUGGAGAGUAUGGGAUGAGUUUUUAUUGUAGAUAUAUAAAUGACAUCUUGACUGGAUCUGGCGUUGAAAAGCACCGUGUGAUGCAGUAUUUGAAUUUGUUGAUUCGAUCAAAUGACAUUGUCAAGGUUAGCAAAAAGGUAUCUUCUAUUGUUUCACUUAAAUUAAGGGAUUACUAUAUCAGCUGA